ACGCAAAAGGCAAAAGGCAAUAACAUCCGCAUGUUAGGGACGCUGCAUGAUAUUAAAAAAAAACAGUUCAAUUUUAUUUAACUUUGCACACGACUUGUACGGUAUUGUAUUUUUAAGGCUGAAAAUCGUUUUACCAAAAGCGUUGUACAAAAAUUACCCUCAGCUGUCAAAAAUGUUCCACUCAUUUUCAAGCUUCUUCUUUGUUUCGGUAUGAUUUCGCCUGGUCCGCGGAGGUUUCCGCGCCGCCUCGCUUCGCCUCCAGCAACACCAACGACAUCCGCGGCUGUGCGCAAUCCGAGCUGGUGGAGUCCGCAAUAGGCGGCAUGUGAGAGGUUACACCGCAACACAACACAACAGAAGCGCAGCGGUAGAACCGGACGACGCCCGGACGAUCCACCUCGGCGACCCGUUUUCGGGCGGGGACAGCCGUAUACCCGUCGCACGUACAACCUGCGCCCGAAACCAACGGAACCGACGACCGACGAACGGACGAGGUUCCGAUUGCCUGGAGCCGCCGGUUUGGCCGCGCGCAAACCCACCGCAAUUUGCCAUUCGUGAGUGGAAGAGGUCGGAACGCCCUGGCCGGGUUGAUCGUGGCGGAAGGGCUAGGGGCCAGCGGCCUAGUAAAGCGCGACGCGUGCGCGCCUCCGCGGGUGAAAGUGUGUGCGAGUCUGUUCUGUGCAUCCUCUCAUCCGUUGGCCUCCCCUACCACCUCUCCCAACCUAGCGCGCGCGCGUGUGUGGUGUUUUUGGGGUUUGAACGCUCGGCACCUUGUAUGUGUAUACGGUGUGUAUGUGUGCAGCAAGGUGAGGUGUGUGAGCUAGGAAGGAGACACAGAAGAAGGAAACGGUGGGAAAUCGAUGUGCAAACAUCGAAGACAAUUAAGGAGCGGCCCGUCACAAACACACACACACACACAUACACACACCUACAACCCGUACCCGCAGCGGCAGCCGCAGCGGAAGUGGAGAUCAAGGGGGCAGAGAGGCCAGGCAACCGUGGACAAUCCCGUGGGCCCUCCCCGUAUCCGCCGUUCGUCAUCCAGUGGCGAACUAUUCCGGUGUGGCCACCACGGGAAGGAGCAGAAGAAGAGAAGCACCGCCAUCAACCCGUUCCGGCAUCGGUCAAUCGUUAUCCGCGCGGGCGCGCGCGCGCCCAUCAACCAUCUACACCCCUCUUUGCGCGGGCUUGUGCGUGUGUGUGUGUGUGUGUGUGAGUGUGAGUGGGUGAAAUCGUGGACCACCUCCCACGGCGGUGAAGCCCCACUACUACUGUCCGAGCGAGUGAAAGCGAGGAGCGCAAGGAGGAGCAGGAGGUGAACGCCUGGCCUGGUUUGAAUGCUGCACCAGCUUCCGACCGAUUUCUAGGCCACCAACCACUGGCAGGCAUCAUCAGAGCGAAGCGGCGGAGAGAAGACCUCCCAUCUACCCAUCCAGCGUACCCUCAUCACCAGCCAUUCCAAGCCAGCCGCCAGCAGCAGAAGAGCGUCAUUUAGCCGUAGGGAGUACGACGUGCUCGGGUAUCUAUCUAAUCGCUUCCACUCGCACCAGCAUGCUGGCGCUGGUGCUGAUCAACUGCGAACGCCAGUUGCUGACUAGGAGGGAUUAGGAUUCGGCCGAUACUCCUUGGCCUGCAGCGUGUCAGCGAGAAAGCACUAGAAGUGAAGUUUCGUCGAGGACACCUACGAUCUCAUUGGGAAGUCAACGAUAACCAUCACGCGAAUAGAAGCAACAGCAGCAGCAGCAAUAGCAACAGCGAACACAUAUGCAAAGAAACUAGAGCCGCGUACAACGAUCACAAAUCGUCCCAACCGCGGAUCACAAUCGUCAUCCUUUCGUUCUUCCACUUUUUGGGCCGGGCGCGAUCAUUCAUCCUUGGGCAACCGUUUGCAACGUAGCUGCAAGAUCGAUCAGGAUGCUUAGCUCCACGACGAAGCACCUGCUGCACUGCACCCUACUGCUGUCGAUGCUGCUCAUAUUCGAGCUGUUCUCCGGGGGCAUAAAGGUGAACGAGAACUCGUUCGUGGCGGUCGAUCCGUGGGCCGAGUACGGUACGGUGGCCACGGUCAUUCUGUACCUGCUGCGGUUGCUCACCUUUCUAACGCUGCCACAGGUGCUGUUCAACUUCUUCGGUCUCACGCUGUACAAUGCGUUCCCGGAGAAGGUGGUGCUGAAAGGUUCGCCCCUGCUAGCACCGUUCAUCUGCAUCCGGGUAGUGACGCGCGGAGACUACGCCGAGUUGGUGCAGUCGAACGUGUUGCGCAACAUGAACACCUGUCUGGACACGGGGCUGGAAAAUUUCCUAAUCGAGGUGGUGACGGACAAGCCGAUCGGGCUGCCGAAGCAUCGCCGGACGCGGGAAAUUGUCGUACCGCGCGAAUAUCAGACCGCCAGUGGCGCCAUGUUCAAGGCCCGCGCCCUGCAGUACUGCCUCGAGGACCGCGUCAACGUACUGAACAGCAACGACUGGGUGGUGCACCUGGACGAGGAGACGCUGCUGACGGAGAACAGCGUGCGCGGCAUCAUUAACUUCGUGCUGGACGGCAAGCACCCGUUCGGUCAGGGUCUGAUCACCUACGCCAAUGAGAACGUGGUCAACUGGCUGACGACGCUGGCCGACAGCUUCCGAGUGGCCGACGAUAUGGGUAAGCUGCGCCUCCAAUUCAAGCUGUUCCACAAGCCGUUCUUCAGCUGGAAGGGUAGCUACGUCGUGACUCAGCUCCAUGCCGAACGUACUGUCUCGUUCGACAAUGGCAUUGACGGUUCUGUCGCCGAGGAUUGCUUCUUUGCGAUGCGUGCGUUCGCCGAGGGCUACACGUUCGACUUCAUCGAGGGCGAGAUGUACGAGAAAUCGCCGUUCACGCUGGUGGAUUUCCUGCAGCAGCGCAAGCGAUGGCUGCAGGGCAUCCUGCUGGUCGUUCGCUCACCGCUUAUCCCGCUGCGCAACAAGCUGCUGCUCGGCAUCAGCCUCUGCUCGUGGAUCACAAUGCCGCUCUCGACCUCCAACAUGGUCUUUGCCGCGCUCUACCCGAUCCCCUGCCCGAACCUGAUCGACUUCGUGUGCGGUUUCAUUGCGGGCUUCAACAUCUACAUGUACGUGUUCGGGGUGAUCAAGUCGUUCUCCCUUUACCGGUCGGGCGUGGUCAAGUUCCUGGCCUGUGUGGUCGGGGCCCUCUGCACUAUCCCGAUCAAUGUGGUCAUCGAGAAUGUGGCCGUCAUCUGGGGGCUGAUCGGUAAGAAGAACAAGUUCUACGUCGUACAGAAAGUCGUCGCAGCAGGACGUCCGCCGGUGACGGUGUAAGGCGUGUCACGGGCCCCUCCACUCUUCCCAUCGGGGAAGUGCUGCCUCGGCUGCGCUCACCAUCUCUCUAUUUCUUAAUUUGUUGUAUUCAGAACCGAUUGGCCCUCGGCACGGUUCAGUCUUUUCUUCUCAUUGCUCCAUUUUUCAUUUGUUCAUAUCGUGCGACCGUUUUGCGUCGCUUUCGCACUUCAUACGAGUACGUGCAUCUACUCCUACAUCUAGGUUUAUUCUAUUAGAUUAGUUGGUAGGUAAAGCAAGAUUAAGUCAGGUCAGACUGCAGACAGGCAGAUGACAUAUUUCGGUUAACCUCGACCAUCUCUACACUACGGGGUAAUUUUGAUAAGUUAUUUACUCCCCCCGAAGACCGAAGCAACCGGAACGCGCGUUUCGGCGGGUUAUUGGUACACGUGGUACACAUUCGCUUCGACACCGGUGCUGCAAUUACGGUAGCAGCAGACUUGGCAAGCAUCGUUUCGCCCCUAAUAGAUCGAACUAGCGAAAUAGAUUAGGUUAGGUGCGAGGCACAAGGAAAGACCGGUUAAAGUGAAGCGUGUUCAUUCAGGUGGGCUUUGAUAUUAAAUAACCAAACACGAACGAAAUGUUUCCCUACGAGGUGUCCCUUUUCGUACUCCCAAUUUUACUACCGUUCUGUUUUUUUUUUUUUUGUUGUGGUCACUCACACUUCUUCUUUCUUUUUCUCCUACUCUCUGCUCACUCCUCUUUUGCUGUCGUGUUGCCUCUGUCGCGUGAAUCGCUGUGCAAACUUGUGAGUGUCAAGGCAUCGGGAAUGCUGGGAAAAUUAUUCCUGGAUUACCGCACCGCUUAGAGCGAUCCUAAUCUCACAACAAAAUCCUUUUCUAAACGUACGGCUCGUCCGUCCUUAUAUAUGUUUAAAAAAAAACAAAAUUCUUUUCAUGGAGUGGGCUGUAUGUUGAGUGGUGGGGUCGAUGUGAAAAGGCGAAGUGCAGCACAAAAGCAGGGGCUCUUCGUUGUAAGCUCCAGCUCCGGGAAACACCAUUUAGCGUAACGUUCAGCUGCAACCCAACCUCACAUCCAAAACGUAUCCGCUUGUUCGUGAUGCACCAAAGGUCAUUCUUUGCGUUAUUCGUCUCGAUUUCAACUUAAGAAUUUAGUAAAGAAAGAAAACAAAAUGAAGCAAAAGAAAUCUGAAAACGGCCUCCCGGCAUUGAAGUCGUUUUUGGUUAAUGUGUGUGUGUGUGUGUGUGUGUGUGUGUGUGUGUGUGUGUCUGUGUUUGUGGGUGUUGAUCGGUGCAAGCAAUACGGUACAAGUAAGCAGGUAUCGAGCAUGAAAUUCCUCUUCCCCCCCCCACCCUCCCUCCUAAUCUCCUCACAAACCACAGUAGAUUAAGAGGUUUCUGGUUAUCGGGGCACAGAUCGUGGGACACUCUGAAACAUCAUAAGGGGUAUAGGAAAGUAAAGGAAGCGACUAAUACGUCGACAGACAACCACCGAAAAAUGAGCGGUGGAGACAGUAGGGGCAGAAGAGAAGAAGGGUUCUAUUAAUCAAAUCAUAGGGAAACCAUCAAUACACAAACACACACACAUACAUGCAUACACGCAGCCAAUAUUUGUGUUGGCUACUACAUACCAUACACAUCACACAUCGCAUCACACUGCACUAGCAAUAUGAGUACUCCCAACUACAUCCUUCCUACCAACCAUCUAGUAAUUAGUGUAGAGCCAGAGGAUGAACGGGAGGGGAUGGGGGGAGGGGGAGAGGUUGACGAUGACGGGCAGAUUGUGGCUACGAUACAGUCUAGGGUUAUUCGUCCAUACCCGUCCACGACAACGGCGAUUGUUGCGUCCGCCGGAGCACCUGUCUGAGAAAUGCGUUUCCCCCAGACAAAUUCACACACUCUACCAAUACACGCAGGCACAGGCUUUUGGCGAUUUUCGAGGUGCGAGAAAAACUGAAAACCAAUAAAUAGGUAAAUACCGAAGCGAACUUCUUUCACACAUGAUGAGAAGAGCAUGAUCCCAGGCCUAGCUAAGAGGUGCAUGAGCGCAUCAAAAUCGAACCAUCAAAGCUGAAACUAAUCAAUGAAACA